CUAUUGUUAUCGUAAACCGAUAACGCAGUUCGAUCACAUCAUAAUCAUCAUGGCCUAUUUCGCCGUACAUUAAAAUAUUGAAGCAUAGAAGAUUUAUGAUGUAUAGAUGCUUCGGUUUUUAGGAACAACGGCUUCUACAAUGCUUGAUGUCACGAAUGAAAUAGAAAGAACACGUUGAAUGGACACUAAGGUAUUUCCGGGUAACUGAUCAAUUCAACUGGACUAACGUAGUUUUUGUCGCUCGAUUGACUUAACUGGGCAACGGGGUUUUGAUAGCGAGGCUAUCAUUGUCCCCCUUAACUGAUUCUUCUUCUGUUCCCGUGGAUCUCACUGACUUACACAGAGCGCGGUUGACGGAGAGUAAUAUGGAUUUACCCGGUUUCCUCUACCGGAACCGUCAUGACGGUCGACGAAUGUUGAAGCGACUGUCGAAUCGGGUGCUUGCAGGAGGGCGCGACCAUAGUCAUCCAGAUGACGAAAUGCCCAGUGGUGGCCCAGCUCUCGAGGGGCAGCAAUCAGCGCAGAAUUCACAGAUGGAGUGCAAAGGCGACCUACGCCCAAACGACCAGGACAAACGGAAUGAAGCUCUAAUACAGGCACUAGAGCAAAACACAUCGAAGCAACUCGCCGCUGAACAGGAGUGUUAUGCUGCCGACUUUGAAAAGCUGACGGCCGAUAGGUUAGACUUUCAAAAAGAACAGCUAGAGCUCGAGGAGGAAACGAAAGAGCUGGAUAAGAUAUUAAUCGACAUGAGAAAAUACAUGGACAACGUACUGCUUGCCACGCACAAGGCCAAAAAAAUUAAUAUGCUUCACGAGAAGCUACAGAAAUUACUGGACGCAGCCGUCGAGCAGCCCGAAUGGAAUACAAGUAGGGGCAAAAAUAUUGCCCGCUUGAUUGGCGAGGCCAGGCAACGGGAAGCUCAACUUCAGGCAGCUCGGGGGCUCCGCGAAGCAAUUAAUUACAUCGAACAAGUAGUGCUGGUAAGCCAGGAGAUGCCGAAGGACUACGUGCUGACUCUGGCAGAUCUUGAGGAAGUUCCGCAGUUAUUCGAGGCACAAAAUGAUCAGGCUCAGAGUUUUGCUAGAAAAUAUAGUAAAUACCUCCGGGAAUGGCAGAACGACCUGGAAAAAGAACACUUCAAAGUCAGUGUGGAGAGAGAGGCUCUGAAACGGAGAGCGAAGAAGAUGGUGGACGGGCAUCAGGCGUUGGCUAACGCGUGGGGAAGUUUACUGGCUAGGGAAGCGAAGCUCAAUGAGUUAGUGCACGAAGUACCCGUGUUGAGACGCUGGCUGAAAGAUCUAUUAGACAGAAUCGAGCAGGAGCACGUAUGCGCCAAACAACACUGGAUUCUAUUGCGGGGCGCUGUACCUAAAUGGUGACGUAACAAGAUUCUUACGAUUAUGAUUUCUAACGAUACGCGGGCCACUUUUUUUAAAAUUCCGAAUGUUAGUCCCUAUGACGACAGUAUCCUGAUUUUAGAAUAAAAUAUUAAAAUAAAGCAAAAGCGUGCUACAGCUCCAUUGCAGCCAACCUAACGGGUUAUUGAAAGUCAGCUGUCCGCCUACCUAAAACGACAGUCGAUCAAAUCUUUCGAACGCGCUCGAUAAAUAUUAGCGAGCCUAUUAUACGUUUUUCUUAUCGACGAUUGGGUCCGCAGGU